GUCGAGAAUUUACGGUCUCUAUUUUCACAGCCACUUCUUACAUACCUCCCCUAACUCCUCUCCUUCACUAGCAACCUCUCCUUUUUUUUCUCUUUCGAUUUCCUCUAUCUUCAUUUAUGAACAAUAUUCGAUGAUCAAGGCCCAUUUUAAUGUACAUGUGAAUAUGGAUAACACGUCGGCAUUACUGUUCAUGUACGUAGAAUCACAUUUAUAUACUUUUUGGUGAAAGGGCUGAAUUUUGGUUCCUAAUUAAGUCUCUGCAGCUCUCGGAUGGGAGCUUUCUUGUUCGGAUCAUGACGGAAGUAACAAUGGCACGAUGGUAAUCAUGGUGUCAUACAGUAUGGCCCCAAGAUCAUCCAAACGAUCACAUCGGAAGUAUGCUUUCACAGUAUUCUUCAUAAUACUAUUCACAGUUUGCAUCAUUGGGAUCUUCUCCCAUGCCCAAAGAAUCUCAUACUUCUUUCGCCCUCUAUGGGACAACCCACCACCUCCCUUCCAUCACCUACCCCACUACUAUGCAGAAAACAUAUCAAUGAUCAAUCUCUGUCGCCUCCAUGGCUGGACUGCGCGUUCUAAACCGCGACGUGUUUUUGACGCCAUCAUAUUUAGCAACGAACUCGACUUGCUCGAGAUUCGGUGGAAAGAACUACAUCCAUAUAUAACUAAGUUUGUGAUAUUAGAAGCAAACACUACAUUCACCGGCAUCCCAAAGCCCCUAUUCUUCGCUGAAAACAAGCACAGGUUUGCUUUUACUGCAGAAAAGAUAGUUCACGGCGUGUUCCCGGGACGUGUUAGUGUGACAUCAUCAUCUCACGGAUCAUAUAAGGAAGACCCGUUUCGGCUUGAGGCCGAGCAGCGUGUGGCAAUGAACCGGUUACUGCGCAGUGCUGGGAUUUCAUCCGGCGACCUGCUCAUCAUGUCAGACACUGAUGAAAUCCCAAGCCACCACACCAUAAACCUACUCCAGUGGUGUGAUGGGGUGCCACCGGUUAUCCAUAUCGAGCUCAGACACUAUUUAUACUCCUUUGAGUUCCCUGUUGACUACAGCAGCUGGCGUGCCAGUGUCCACAUUUACAGCCCUUCAACUCAGUACCGCCAUUCGCGCCAAACUGAUCGUAUCCUUUCUGACUCAGGCUGGCACUGUAGCUUCUGUUUCCGCUACCUCAGAGACUUUGCUUUCAAGAUGAGGGCAUAUAGUCACGCCGACAGAGUGAAGCGCCGAGAGCAUCUUGAUCACACCAGGAUCCAAAAACUCAUUUGUGAAGGCGCCGAUCUUUAUGACAUGCUACCAGAGGAGUACAGUUUCAAAGAGUUGAUCAAGAAGAUGGGGUCUGUUCCUCCUUCAGCAUCUGCAGUUAACCUUCCUGCAUAUUUGAUAGAAAAUGCAGAAAAGUUCAGAUUCCUCCUGCCAGGAGGUUGCAUGCGCCCUCCUGGGUGAGCUCCUCUGUCACAGUAAGCUCUCUUGUGUUGCUUAUUAAUUAGUCAGCCUAGUGGCUGUUUAGUUUCUGCUUGAAAAAGAGCUUUAGGUUAGUUUCAACAUGUAAGUUAUAACAUAAUAACUGCUUUUUGUGUGUGUAUUUGUUUGAAAAAAGCUGGGAGUACACCAAGUUUGUAGCCCAACUUGCACACCAAGUGUAUCUAUCUUACACACACUGACAACAGUUAUCUGUUUUCUGUGAAAAGUUUGUGAAUGGCAAUUGUUGUCUGUGUGUUGCAAGUUGGGGUACAAAUUUGGUGUACCCCUAGCACACCUCAUUUUGCCUUUGUGGGUAGCCUAAAGAUGGGUGAACAUCCUAGGAGUGGAUGCUGUUGUCUUGCUCAAUGUAUUGUAUUAUUGUGUUGCUAGAACAGUUGUGUGAUAUGACCAAACAGCCAUAGUGUCCUUGUAGUAAUUAAUGUUGCCUCUGUUA